UUUUUAACAAAAAAAUAGAAUAUAAAUGAAAAAAAUAAACUGUCACGCAAGAUUAUUUAAAGAGUUGUAGAACUUUGCAUUGGUGUAGUUAAUUUAUCGAGUUGUGGAACUUGGCUGAGAAUGUUACUUCUUGUUUUGACCCUCUUCGUGGCACGGGCGGCGACUUUACCAGCCCACAACACCAGCCAUGGGUUCUCUACUGGAAGACUCGCCCCUGAAGACUACGCCUUUAUCCGCACCCUCCCCAAGUCCAGGGCGGCUGGCAACCUCCCCGGCUUUAAGUACAUUUACGUGGACGGGAGCGGAGCCAAGUCCUACAACUUCGACCCCUCCAGGUACCAGCUCCAGAUCGCUGGCUCCCCACUCACCUCAUGGGAAGGCCUGAACGCCGCCGCUGAUGUCGUCGUCUUGAUGACCCGCUACAUGCCGCCGCAGAUUUUCAACAACGUGGCGGCGAAAGCGUCCGUGGGCGUGUUCACUGCGGCAGAGAAACUGAUCGUAUACCCGGAGUACGCUCACAUGGCCAACACUUUCUGCGGCUCCUCCUGCUCAGGUCAGUGUCAGCAGACAUGUACAUUUGAUGGCCGCAAGUAUGAAGACAUCGCUGGGGUCGGAGGUCAAAGGGCAGUUAUUUUGGACGACAACGUCCUCUGCACAGUCAAUGACCCCUACCGCGGUUCCGAGAACAUCCUGGCCCAUGAGUUCACGCACACCAUUCACGAGCAGGGCCUGUCCGGCGCGGACAAGGCCGCCGUCCACGCGGCGUACACUGCAGCCAGAGCCCGCCAGACCUGGACGCUCAGCUCCUACGCCAUGCAGAACGAGCAGGAGUACUUCGCCGAGGCGGCCACCGUCUACUUCGGCAUCAACUACAGCAACAUUAACUCCGGCGGAAUGAACAUUUGCGCCCCGGGCGCCUUCUGCUCCGGGGAGAUGGCAGAUAGGUACCACCUGUAUCAGACGGACACAGCCCUGUACAACAUUCUGACCUACGUGUUUACCAACAACCGUCCAAAUCUGGCCAGUGGUCUGACUGUAUGUCCGGCAGGACACUCUGUUGUCGGGUAGAGUUUUUUGAAGGAUGGAGUUCAAGUUUUUUAAAUAAAUUGUUUGUGGGCUUGUA